AUGGCGGUAAUGGUGCAAACAAACAAUACUGGGAUGAAACGAAGGAAAUUCUCCAUAGAAAAUAAUUCUGAUGGUUUCAAUACCGGAUCUCUCAACUGGUUACUCCACGCGCGCUACGUCAGAGGAGAGCACUCAUUGUGCCUUGACCUCGCAGAUGAUCUGCAGAAAAAACAUGAUAACAAGCAUAGAUAUGCUCAUUACAUAAAGGGCGCAGUUUUAGCUGAUGCCGGUAGAUUACAAGAAGCUCUGGAAAGGUAUCACAGUUGUAUAAGACUUCAUCCUCAAGACCCAGAACCUUUAAAACAAGUUGCAAAAUGUUUAUCACGACAACAUCGUUUCCAGUUAUCACAUGAAGCCUAUUUAGAGGCUGACAAACUGACAAAACAUCCCGAUCCCGAUAUUUAUUGCGCAUUAGCGGAAUGUUCAUGGAACUUGGGGGAAUUGGAAAGAGGAGUGGAAUGGGCACGAUCAGCUGUGCAAGCAGGAGGUGGGGAGAGAGCGGCUGCGCUGCUAGCAAAGAUACUUCUAGCUUGUGACGAUGUACCGGGCGCGCUGGCAGCAUACGACCAGGCUUUAACAACACACGCAUGCGGGGCGGAUACAUUAGCAGCCGCUGGUGCUUUACGUCUGCGAGCUGGUGACCCUCGGCGUGCCUUCCAGCUGCUCGGCGCGGCUUUGGCUCAACAGCCUACUCAGCAUGCAGCAGCACUGGCUUUGGCGGCCAUGAUGUUGCAACAUAAAGAUGUUGAUGCUGCCCUAGCAAGACUCAAAGGUGCCCUAUCCGCUCACCCCACGUGCGUCGCCGCUCACGCCAAUCUCGGAAUGGCUUUGUUGGCCAAAAAGAAAUAUAUCGCUGCCCUUACAUGUCUUCAGCGUGCUUCAUGGGCAGCACCGUUGAGCGCCCGUGCCGCGCAUGACCUGGGAGUAGCACUUCUAGUAUGUAAGAGACCAGCUUCAGCUUUUUGCAGACUAGCCACGGCUGCGGCAUUGCAGCCUUUUCAACCCUAUACGGUACUACUUAUAGGCAUAGCUCUAGAACGUCUAGGUGACAGUAGGGCUGAUGCAGCAUACUCUAGAGCGGUGGCGCUGGCGAAUGACGAUCCUCUCAUUCGGCUCAACAUCGCUGGCAGACACGCCAGGGCUGGACGACUCACUGAAGCUGUAGAGGAAGCUGAAAUCACUGCUGAACUUCUGCAGAGAGAAGAGAGGCCAGACGCUCAGCUAGCUAGUUCUUUGGCAGCUCUACUAGAAUUACUUCGCGAAGCUGGAGCUGAGCUGCCUCCUCUGCAAGCUUCUAUACCUCAAGCUGAAGUAGAAGUCGCAGCUCCAGGUCAAACUGAUGACGACCAAUUUGCGCCUGACGAAGUUUAA